GCUGGGUUGUGUUUGAAAUGGACUUUGGCUUGGGGAACUCCUCCUGGGUCUAUAUGGACAUCCAGAAACCAAAGGGUUCCUUUUGCUCUGGGCUAGCGCUUAGCCUUUCCAACCAAAUAUUGAUGUCUGAGCUAAUCCCACGGAUUUUUUCUUUCUUUCUGAUGCUGUGUUCUAAGAACAGAAUGCUGCCUUCGUGAGAGAGAUCCAGGAAACGGUAGGCUUCAUCUUUCUUCAGCCUGCUGGCCCUUGGCAUGUAUGGGAGUGUUGACAGCGCUCUGAGCCUUCUUGGCAGGAAAGGAAGGUCAGAAAGAGAGAGGUCGAUAGGCUGAGAGCCAGGUCCCUACCUUCUUCCUUAGGGAGAAUUAAGCCAGUCUGGCUGGCAGGGCACACAUAAUUACAGACACACAGCAUUUCAGCAGUUUGCAAGGAAAGUGACAGGGAGGGACAACUUCGAGUCAACCAGAACCUAGGUCUGAGGAGGUCAAGCUCACUUCACUUGGAAGAAACAGAGAAGGAAGGAAGCUGAGGGCUUAGCAAGUCCCCCAGGUAUCAGUGGACAGGCCAUGGCUCCACGGCCCCGGCGACGAAGGCACAAGAAAUCUUCCUCAUCGGUGGCUCCCGCAGCUGUGACCCCUCCCACAGCUGUGACCCCUCCCGCAGCUGUGACCCAGCCUACAACUGUGACCCCUGUGCCUCUGACCCGCUCAAAACCUGGCCCCAGCAUUGAUGCACUUGGCUUCUACUACUUGGACAAUAAUGUUCCUGGCCUAUCCCAGCUGAUUCUGCAGAAGCUGAACAUGAAAAGCUACGAAGAGUACAAGUUGGUGAUCGAUGGGGAUAAGCCUGUAUCAGGCUUUGGAUUUCGAUGCCUUCGAGAAAUGUUCCAGAAGAUGGAGGACACAUUCCGAUUCUGUGCUCACUGCAGAGCACUCCCCAGUGGCCUUUCAGACUCCAAGGUCCUCCGGCACUGCAAGAGGUGCAGAAAUGUCUAUUACUGUGGUCCGGAGUGCCAGAGGUCAGACUGGCCAGCGCACAGGAGGGUUUGCCAAGAGCUGCGUCUCGUGGCCGUGGACCGUCUCAUGGAGUGGCUUCUGGUCACAGGAGAUUUUGUCCCACCCCCGGGACCCUGGCCGUGGCUGGCUGAAGCGGUCCAGGGCUGGGACACCUGGUUUUCCAUGCGACGCCCGCAGCUGGAUGCUACGCUGGAGGCUGUGCUGGGUAGCCAUGCCAUGACCUCGCUGUGGGCCAGCGCAGGAAGGCCAAGGCCGGACCCCGAUGUCCUGCAGGGCUCUCUGAAGCGACUCCUGACAGAUGUCCUGUCGCGGCCUUUGACCGUGGGCUUCGGGCUCCGGGCCUUGGGGGUGAACGUGAGGAAGGCCGGAGGGAGCGCGGUGCACGUCGUUGGUGCUUCCCACGUGGAGACCUUCCUCACUCGCCCCGGGGAGUACGAUGAGCUUGGCUACAUGUUUCCUGGACACCGUGGCCUCCACGUAAUCAUGGUGGGUGUCGACGUCGCUACCGGCUUUUCACAGAGCACCCCAGCGUCGCCUGUGAAAGCUGGCAGAGUGCAGCUGAGUGGCCACAGGGGCCUCUACCAUCACUUCUGGGAGGAGCAGGUGGAGACUGGGCGGACGGCCCGUCCAGACCUGGUGGUGGCGUUCCAUCCAGGUUUCCACGCUUCCCCCGACUUGAUGGAGGCUUGGCUGCCCACCCUUCUGCUGCUUCGCGACUAUGAAAUCCCUGCACUGAUCACUGUUUACAGCCACCAGGAGUUGGCAGCCUCUCUGCAGAUUCUGGUGGAGCUGGAUGCGCACAUCAUCGCCUAUGGAGCCAACCCCUUCACGUCCCUCAAACCCGAGCAGGUCUAUUCCAACCCCAACAAGCAGCCAGUGUACUGCAGCGCCUACUAUAUCACGUUUCUCGGAAGCUCCUGCCAGCUGGAUAAGAGGCAGUUGGAAGAGAAACUAGAUGGUGAGGAUUAA